GGGCUUUUAUAUCCCCAAUGUAGCAUAUGAAAGGGCACCUCUUUGCCAGAGAAGUCACAGAUGAGGGAAAUCUGUUGACUUUUUUACAACAGUUUUGCAUGCCUUGGCAGAAAACUCUGAUCUGGGGACCGUAAAACAUGAAAAUAUCAGAGGUGGACUGGUUAUUGGUCUUACAGACAAAAGCAUCUCUAGUCCCAUAAUUAAUGAUAGAUUUGAUCUUAUACACAGGCUAACUACAAAACCUUCCAGAUUAAAUGCACAAGAUAUGGAAAGAAUCAUAGCCCAAAAGAGGUGUGUCUGGCCGAAAGGUGUUUGCAGUUAAUUCAUAUGUCAUCAGAAAACUCAACUGUUACUGUUCGCCUGGUUCGCUCCUUUGAACACCGUAAUUUCAGACCUCUGGUGUAUCAUGGAGUUAAUUUGGACCAAACAGUAAAGCAAUUCAUUGCAUUUGUAAAGAAUGAUGUGUCAUUAAGAACAGGACUUCCACCUCCCUUUAAAAAAUACAAAUACGAUACAAUGAAGAUUAUUCACCAAGCACAUGGAUCUAAGACCAAUGAACUUGUAGUGAGUUUGGAGGAUGAUGACAAACUCAUUUUAAAAGAAGACAGCACUUUGAGAGCAGCUGGAGUAGCAAAUGAAACUGAAUUAGCAUUCUUCUGUGAAGAUGAUUACAGAAACUACAAAGCUAAUCCUGUUUUGGCCUGGUGACGAUCCCACAAGACCUGUUUUUUGUUUUGUUUUGUUUUUUGUUUCCCCAGACCUGCUGUAAACUUUUUUUCUGUUUAAUGAGAUUUUUUUUUAAAUCAAUAAUUUCUAGAGGAUUGUCUCUCAGAUGUUGCAAUUUCUUUAUUAUGGAAACUCAUUUCUCUCAGGAUGCUGAAAUUCAGGCAGACAAAAAAAAUCAAUGACACACAUUUGCUUUCCUUUCAUACAUUCCCCUCUCCCCACCUGUUAUGUCUUACAAUGUAAGUAGUGUAAAUGAACUCUGACUUAUAACACACAUUCUAAUGGUGUGAUUCCGCAGCAGUGGAUUAAGUACAAGAGAUAUUAACUACAUAUGGAAAUUGUAGAAGGCAGAUGUAAAAUCCCAUCAUAAUGGUAUCCUUUUUUAUGGAAAAAAGAAAUCUUUUAUGACCAACUCAGAUAUUAAUGAUGGAAUCCCUAGGUUACAUGUAAUAGCUUCAUUUCACUCAUCUUAUGUUCAGUCUUACUUGUUUGAAUGGUGCAGGCUGAUUCAGGUUUCAUAGUAUUCACUUGUGAAUGGUUUCCAUUAUAUUCUAUAUUCAAACCCCCUUUUGUGUGAUGAAACAGACAAAUGACUGUUUGGAGGCUUUUGUGCUCAAGGACCAGUCUGACUGUUUUAGCAUUAUUUCACUGAGAUGCCUUGGUGUAAGGAGUAGCAACUUGACUUCUUGUGUGACAUCAGUAUGCACAAGCAGACAUCAGGCAUUUCUCCAAAUGGUGAGAAAGCCAGUGACUACUCAUGGGUUCACUUUAGUAUUAAAACAAAACCUGAAUGAUUACAUUGCUUGUGAGGGGAGGUACAGCCUGUGGGCAGCUAUUUCCAUGACAGGAAGCAAUUCUUCCCUAUUUUCUCAAUGAUGAAUACUCCCAUAGUGCCACUAUCCAUUAGUUCCUGGAACGUCUAUACUUUUCUGCUACAUUGUCUAAAUUUAGAAGUAGAAUAGUUCUCCUAGAAUGAUUGGAUAGACUUUCUCUCCAGGAAGAGUUAAUACUGCUGUUCCAUGAAAUUGCAGUACUAAGGCAGUGACAUUUCAUUGGCUAUGCUGUACCGUAACAUGACAGUGGCUUUUGUUAUACUCUCUAACACUACUUGUAUACUAUGUGCUGCUCAACUUUUUUUUUUAAUCCACUCUUUACAGCACUUUGGUCUUGGGGAAAAAGGCAUAGAAAUUACCAGGGCUUAGUUAUAUUGUUCAAAUAAAGAGUGUUGGAAGAGAAUGCAGGGAGGAUUGGGAAUGGAAUAUGGGGCCUUUAAUCUCUGGAACCUGGUUUGAUUCUGGAGCAAUUGAGUGAUGAAUAAAAAUUGUUAGCACCCAGUAGCUAGUGGGAAAUGAGGUAGAGGUCUCUGUCCAGUUCCUUCUGGAAUGGUGAGCCCAUCACAAGUAGAACACUGCCACAGCAUCUGAUCAAAGGUGAUUUCCCCAUGGCAGUGUGGGGGAAAGUAGCUUGAACUGAUUCUGCUCGUGCUUAUUGUGGGAAUAAUGAGGCCUUUACUUUCCAGGGCUAUCAACCUUUCAUCCCUUACCAGCUCUAAAUUAAGUUAUAAAACAAACAGACUAGUUGUCUUUAUCUUGAGUUGCUUUGAUUUUAAAACAGACUGAGGUUUACAGUCUUAUGGAUGAUGGAAUGAGACAAACCUCCUGCAGAGAAACCAAAGCAGAGCUAGGUAUAGAUAACAGUAGUUGGAAAGGGUUAGCAACUAGAGGAGAGUAGAGAGCUGGGAAUAUCUCAUGAAGGACACAAUGGCAUCAAGGAGGAGAGGGUUAGUUAGACGUUGGCAUGGGCAGAGAAUUGCAGUAGACACACAAGAGGAAGUUUGAAUGGAAAGGUAGCAGUAUGAGCAGUGGCGUUUGGCUGAAUCAUUUCUCAGCUGGAUACAAAAACAAUCGUCAGUUGUCCUACUUUUUACACAUUAAAAGGUCACUUUGUUCACUUAAAAUACCUUUUGCAAACCUUGCUGUGCAGGGAUCUGGAUUUUUCAGAGACAAUUCUGUUACCUUCUGACAUUUCCUAUUUGCUAAGAAAUAGUGCUGGCAUGGAUAUUUAUAAAAGGUUUGUUAAAUGCUCCCAAUUCUCAUUGGCUUAGACCUUCCCAGAUCUUCAAGGAGGGGUCUGAGAGGCAUGUUGUACACUGUCAGAAUUAAUUAGGGGAACUGCUUUACCUUCUGAAAGUUAUUUUGUUAUAGAUGUGAUUUGCAAGUACUGAAUGACCUAUGGAGAGGGACAAAUGCUCCAGUGAAGCACUCAGCACACGACCUUACAAUCCGUUAAUUUGAAAAACUAUCUGCUGGCAACCUUUAGCAUGUAGUGCUUGUCACUCGUCUAGAACAGCUGCAGAUUCCUGUUCUCCUUGCCCAGUAAUAAGGAAACUGACUUGAGGAAGGACUAAGGAUCCUUAAAACCUGCAGCAUGGGAGUGUGAUUGUAGGAAAUGUACUUGUUUGUGCUUGGUCACAUCAGUAAGAAAAUGCUGGGUUCUCUUUGAAGUCAAUGGCAGCAGGAUCAACGUAAACCUGGGGCAUGGAACCUCUUUUCUAUCAGAGGCCACUGAUCCACAGAAGAAAAUGGUGGUGAGGGCCUCCACACACCAUUGUGAGGGGGGUACAUGGAGGUUCUGGGUUUCUCCUAGACGCUGGAGAGGAGCCAGAAAUGAGGGAUGGAAGAUGUGCUUGGGGCUGAUGUGUGGGAGAAAGGGUUCCAGCUUCAGGGUGUGGGCUCUGGGGUGAAGCUUGGCAUGAGGGGUUUAGGGUGCA